AUGAAAAUCUCACACAAGCUCGAAAAGGCUCACGCGGCGGACUCGACGCCGACAUUUUCGUUCGAGUUCUUUGUCCCCAAAACGUCUCAGGGAGUCAACAAUCUGUACGACCGAAUGGACCGAAUGUACCAGCUGGGCCCGCAAUUCAUCGACAUCACGUGGAACGCCGGCGGGCGUCUUUCCAACCUCACCAACGAGAUGGUCGCCACCGCCCAGUCCGCCCUGGGGCUCGAAACCUGUAUGCAUCUGACCUGCACCGGCAUGCCCAAGCAGCUGGUGGAGAAUGCUCUUCAGUCCGCGUUUGACGGCGGUUGCCAGAACAUUCUGGCGCUUCGAGGCGAUCCUCCCGUGGAGUCGGAAAAGUGGGAGGCGGUCGACGGCGGCUUCCGCUACGCCAAGGAUCUCGUCAAGUACAUCAAGUCUAAGUACGGCGACUACUUUGACAUUGGCGUGGCGGCCUACCCCGAGGGUACCCCUGAGGAGCCCGACGUGGACAUUCUCAUCGACCAUCUCAAGGAAAAGGUGGAUGCUGGCGGCACCUUUAUCGUCACCCAGAUGUUCUACGACACGGACAACUUCCUCAAGUGGGUCGACAAGUGCCGUGCCAAGGGCAUCAACGUGCCCAUCAUCCCCGGAAUCAUGCCCAUCUCCACCUACGCCUCGUUUAUGCGCCGGGCAAACUGGUGCCAGAUCCAGAUCCCCCAGGACUUUUUGGACCAGCUGGAGCCUGUCAAGGACGACGACAUGCGGGUGCGAGAGCUCGGCACCCAGCUCGUGGCAGACAUGUGCCAGAAAAUGCUGGACUCGGGCAAAAUCAAACAUCUCCAUUUCUACACCAUGAACCUGGAAAAGGCCACGGUGAUGGUGCUGGAGCGCCUCAACCUGCCCGCCCAGGACUCGGCCGUGGCGCCGCUGCCAUGGCGGCCCUCGCUGGCGCUGGGCCGGCAGGACGAGACGGUUCGACCCAUUUUCUGGAAGAACAGAAAACAGUCGUACGUGGCCCGAACCCAGGACUGGGACGAGUUCCCCAACGGCCGAUGGGGAGACUCGCGGUCCCCGGCGUUUGGCGAGCUGGAAACCUACGGAGUGCUGCUCCGCCAGUCGCCCCAAAAGGUCCUCGAGCUCUGGGGAGAGCCCAAGACCGUCGACGACCUCAAGACGCUUCUUGUCAACUACCUCAACGGUAAGCUGGCGUCGCUGCCCUGGUCCGACGUUCCCAUCUCCAACGAAAUCGAAACCAUCAAGCCCCAGAUUCUCGAGCUCAACAACAGGGGUAUUCUGACCAUCAACUCGCAGCCCGCCGUCAACGGAGCCAAGUCCACCCACCCGGUCCACGGCUGGGGCCCCAAAAACGGCUACGUCUAUCAAAAGGCGUACCUGGAGCUGCUUGUCACCCCCGAGGUGGCGGAAAAGCUCGUCAAGAAGCUCGAAAACCAGUCGGAAAUCACCUUUUACGCCGUCAACAAGACCGGCAACCUCCAGACCAACGCCCCUGGCGGACCCAACGCCGUCACCUGGGGUAUCUACCCCGGCAAGGAGGUCAUCCAGCCCACCAUUGUCGAGAAAAUCUCCUUCCUGGCGUGGAAGGAGGAGGCCUUCCGCCUCGGCUCCGAGUGGGCCAAGUGCUACCCUGCCGAAUCCGAGUCCCGAAAGUUCCUCGACGACAUUUUCAACAACUGGUACCUGGUCAACAUUGUGCACAAUGAUUUCCACGACUCCACUGGUAUCUUUGACUUGUUUAGCGACUUGUAG